AGUGGGUGCGGGUUUCGCACACACAUGCACUGCACACAUGCAGGCUGCUCAGAAUGACACAGCCCAGUACACUGUUGAGCAUUUUUGCCAUGUUUCUUCACACCACAUUUGGGGAAAGUGGUUGCACCUCAGCAGACGGUGAUGGGACUCUUGGAGACGAUGAACCAGACAAUUUUGACAUUGAUUGCUUCAGCCAGCUGGACAUUAAGGAUCCCUUUAGCAGCCUGACCUGCAAUUUUACUGAGCUGCCUCCUCACAACACUAACUAUACCCUGUCUCUGUGUACCAAGGAAGACAACAAGUACAUGUGCAACAACAUGAAGAAACAGGAAGAUGCAUACUUCUUACAGUUCACUGAUAUACUCUCAAAUAGAGACCUUUGCGUGUUCUCUGAGACAAAGAGAAGGGUCUGCAGGAGUCUGGUUGUGACUCACAUUGUUAAGCCUGAAGUGCCAUUUGCUAUAAACAUCACUUAUCAAAGGGAGGCAAAUGAAUAUCUUAUUCGUUACCGUACACCACACUCAGGGAAGAAAUACCUAGAGGGCAAAUUAAUGCACCAAAUAGCCUAUCGGCAGGAAGAAGGUACCUGGAAGACAAUAGAAUCGCCACACGAUCACGUAAGAUUGUUGGGACAAAAUCUCAAAAAUAAUGCAUCGUAUGAGGUGAAAGUACGUUCCCAACCCAACGGAAAAUUUUUUAAAGGCACAUGGAGUGAGUGGAGCACUUCCAAGAGCUUCAGGACAGCAAGAGAUCAGCACUCCACAGAGAGCUGUAAGGGCAGAAAAUGGUUUGGUCUACCUGGAGGAAAGCAGAGCUGGGGGUCCUGGGCUCCCUGGACACCCUUAGCAGCAGGAGGGAUGAGAGCAUGGGGAGGGAAGAUCCCACAGCCACAACAGGAUAGCAGCGUGGUCAUGAUUAUACUCUCCAUCCUGGGAUUCAUGCUGUGCGUUGUUAUGACUGCACUGAUCAUAAUUUUUUGGGAAAACAGGAUCAAGCCUGCUGUAUGGCCAAACCUUCCUGAUCAUAAAAAAACACUGGAGAAACUAUGCAAGAAGCCAAAAAAUAAUUUUGAUAUAAGCUUUAACCCAGAGAGCUUUGGUUAUGUUCAUAUCCAUAAAGUGGACAGUAUUCAGGCAAAAGCUGAACUGGAAAAUUUUCUGCAGCCAUCAGUUGCUCCAGAGACAAGUCUUCCAGAAAAAUUCAGGAAGGGAUCAGACCUGAAGAUGAUACCUGCGAUGACAGACAAAAGCAACCUAAAUCUGUCUGUGACUUAUGGAGGCCUCUGGCCAGCUGAGGCCCCACACAGACUCCUGGGCACAAGUCAGUUUGCAGUCACGGAAGGAGACUGCAGCUCCAGCACGUAUGAGGUGUGCCACGGCAACAGCGUGCCCCUGCACAACAGCAGAGGUUCCAACCUUUCCUUUGCUCCUCCCCUGGAUCCCUCUGGCCAGCCCAGUCCAGAGCCCCCAGAUGAUGACACUGUAUCCCAGAUGCUGUCUAACAGUGAAAUGAGAUCACCAAACAAGGAGGAAGCCUAUGUAACAAUGUCCAGCUUCUACAAAAUUCAGUAAACCUUGCAAGAAUGACGACAUGUCUUUUUUUUUUCUCUAACACAAGCAGGACAUUGAAGCUUUCUGUUUUGUUUUCCUGUAUCCUGCGUGUUCCCGCCUCCUCCACUCACCCUGCUCACAGUGCAAUGCUGUAUCUGCAAGAAAGUCGGUUCUCCUACGUUCCAGCUAGAAGUAGCCUAACUUCAGCACUCAGUACACUGCUAGCAGUCUCCACUGCAGCAGAAACUAAAUUUAAUUCAACCUGACUUUAAUCUUCAAAUCUGAUUAAUUUGGAGCAACAACAGUGCAGUCCCAGCUGAGGACCACAACAUGUCUUGUAAAAGUUAAUGAACUCUUCUGUUACUCUCUUGGUUACAGAGAUGCGCUCUUAUUAAUGCCUAAGCAAGAAAUACGGCAACAUAUUCAAGAUAAUCAGAACCCAAUCCCUUUUAAACAGUAGUAACUCAAGGGUAAUUCCUCUACAGUCAGGGUAAAUUCAUGAGUUUGCAAAAAGACAGUAAAUCAGAGUUGCUAUCAAGCAUUAACUGCCUGGGGAUUCAGGAUCUUGAACACCACAAAUAGAUUUAGCUGAGUCCUCAGGAGAAAUAGUACAUAGACCCACUUUAGAAAGAUGUUUCCUGAGGCUGAUUAAGUUUUGGUGGGGUUUUUUUUGGUUUUUUUUUUUUUUUGAGACACAAAACAAAGUAAAACUCUACAUGCCACUGCUUUUUGCUGUUGGCAAAGAUCUGCCCUGGAGCCAAUUACAGGAUCCACGGGUACUUCUGAUACUUUUAACGUUUUCAAUAUUUCAACUAUGUAAAUCGAAGUCCUUUCUCUUCCUAGAAACUGAAUUAGGACUGUAAAAUGCACAAUGCUGUCUUUCUCUGCAGCUCUUGUGCAGGCAUUAGUCCAGCAUGUAAGUACUUUUCAGGGCAGAGGCUGAGCUGACCAUGUUUUUUUACUAGCAUUAUUCCCAAUGGCUGUGACUGCAUAUGAAUACUAUGAAUUUGGAUAGGCAAUGUUCUCAUGCAACAUCUGACUUAGGAAAAUGAAUGGAAUGUCAUGAAUUCUGCCAGUGAUCAGAAGACCUAUUUUCUUUUUUAAAGUAACUUGUAAAUUGCCAGGAGAUAGUAUUUAGUUUCUUGUUGGAGAGGCGAUGUUGUUUGUUUGGGUUUGGGAGUUUGUGGGGGUUUUUUGCAUUGUGACUUUUUUCUUCUUUACAGUAUCACAUUUUAUUUUUUUUCUUUUACAUUAUGGCUGAGCCACUUCACAGUGCUCCUUAGAUUCUGUACAUUGUGGAGUACAUACUUGGAGAUAAAGCUGCUACAGCCACAUGAUUGCAUGAGAGCAGAGCAGUGUGGCCUUGGGACAUCCAAACUGCUUUGUUGCCCUCUGGGAUUCAGGUUCACCUCACUGUGCAGUCUCAGUUCCUCUAGCUGUUUGAAAUUCUCCUUUACCAAACUGUAUUCACAUUUCCAGAGUCUAAGGGUGAAAAGAGUCCUCUCUCAUGCUCAAAGCUGCUCAAAUUUGUUCUGUCUGGUAAUGGUCACAGAGAUGUUGCAAAACCUCAGCUGCUUCCAUCUGCCUUUGCCAAGACAGCUUUGUGCCAGGAGAACAUCAAAAUUAAUAUAUCUUGUGGUCUAAUUUCAAGAAGAUAUGGCAGAGAGUGGAGCUUGCAUUAAACUCCAUUGCUUGAAUCAGAAUUUUAUGCUGCAGAAGACAGACAAAAAAUUCUGGACCAUAUGAAGCCAAAAACAGCCCUCCCAAGACAGUACUCCACCUUCUUCACCUCCACUCAGCACCAGGGAAACCUUCAAACGGGGAGAACUUAUAGUCACUGUGUGCAAUGGGGCCUCAGAUUUAGCUCAAAGCAUUCCAGUGACAUUUUACAGAAUGGUUUUUACUGCUGUUUAUUGCUGAAUGAAGCACUGGUUGAUGCAGAAGAAAAAGAUGAAAGCCCUGGACAUUCAUUUGGUUUACAACGCUUGUAUUUUUAUUCAAAAGAGCUGCUGGUCAUGCUCAUACUGUGUAGACUUGCACAGUGUGACUGUAGAUAGAGACAGACUGUACUGGAAAGAUAUCUUCUUCCAGCAAAACAGGGACAAACAAAAAAGGGGAUAGAAGAAGAAGAAGUAAAAGCACAUCAGGAAAAUUCUCUAUGGCAUGUGCUAUGCUUUCUUCAAUUUUAUAGCCAUCAACAAAUUUGAUGGUCAUAUUCCUAUAUAAUCACUUUUUGGAAAAAAAAAAUAAAGCCAAAUUUGCACCAAAGCCAGAAGCACCACAAGUAUUUCUUGUCUAAUGCCAGGUUAAAUAUAGGACAACACUUUACUGAGUAGUUUCCUUAUUCUACAGGACAGAGCUUUCCUAUACCUGUUCACAACUACCAUCUGCCUCAGUAUCCACACAGGAGUAUUGCUUGGCUUUCACAUACUCCAUGCACUUUCUUUAGUUCAGCAUAAUCUUCCUCCUCCACACUUUCUGCCUCUGGUGCUCUUACUCGGCUGCACAUCCAAAAAGAAGUUGGUGACCCUGGUUUGUAUGUAGCUGCCUUAUGACACAGGAGCUGCUUGCUCCUUUCUCUGCAUGUGCCCGAUGGAAUUUGACAGCUCUUCUGCAGUUGUGGCACAAUACAGAUGCUCUCCUAUCUUUAUUUCUCCCCUUAUCUAUGUGCAGCUCAUUUGCACUAUGCAAAUGUCUCCUAGCUAUACACAAAUAAACUUGGACUGUUGUCAGUUACAACACUGAGUCAUGGACUAAUUUUAAUGAUGUUGAAAAAUGUUAAUUACAUUAUCCCCUGCUUAAAUUGUCAGCUUGUUUACCAAAUAUACUCCUCUUGUGCAUGUUCAUCAGACGGGUUGAAAAAACACACAUAAAUGCUCUGUGUGUCAGUGGGGCAGCACAAAACCAAUAAGUGUGGGGAGGCAGGAGAAUUGCUUCUGCCAGGGUGAAGGGAUGGUUAAAUGCAUGUGAUGUGAAGUCUAGGCUGUGAAACAAAUGGUGUAGCAGUGGCUUGACCUCCACUGCCACAGGGACACGUGGCUGAAUUCAGUAAGUUUUUGGCAGGCAGAAGCUGACCAGGGAGCCAUCUCUUUUGUCAGCAAGGGACCUGGCAACGCUGACAGCGUAUUUCUGCAGGGCAGGAGUGCAGCCCCUUCUCAGCUACUUAGCAGAAGUGUUUAUUGAGUCAAAGACCUGACUUAAUUCAGUAACGCUGCAGUGCUGGAGCCUGUGGGGAGCAGAAGUUGGAUUUUAGACAAUAUGCUUUUGUCUAAGCAAGCUAGUUAUCUCUGUAGUUGUGGCUUUCUGAAACUAUCCUUUAAAACCAGCUAAAACGUCACAUAAAGGAUUGAGCUUCUUGCGUUGGGGAACAGAUCUGCUGCUUUGUCCUAAAAAAAAUAAUAUAAGAAGAGUUAU